AUGAAUAAUGGAUAGGCUUCCCUAAAUCAACUUAAUUUUCAUACUCAAUCUUAAAACCCAGCACUUUUAUAGAGUCUUUAAGAAGAAAAUAUGAGAUUAAAAUAAGAAUUAUAAUAGACUAAGGAAACUCAUAUUUAAACAUGCUUGAGACUGUAAAAUGAAAAAAAAGAGAUGGGUUCAAAGAUAUAAGACUUAUAAAUUUAGGUGGAUCAAUAAAAUAAAGAAUUAUUAGUUCUAAGGUAUCUUUAAAACUAUUAAUAUUUCUAAUAGAAAUUCAUAAAAAGAGUCACAAAAUAAUAUUGAAAUUUCAUAAAACCUUAAGGAUAAAUGCAUAGAGUUAUAAUUCACAAACUAGGAAUUAACAUUAUAAUUGGAUUAAUUAAGGUAGAACAAAUAGUUAGUUAUCAUUGAAGUAAAAUAUUAAACUAAUAUAAGUGCAAACCUGAAGUUAGUUAAUAAUAUAAAUUAGAAAUUGUUCAUUUAAAAUUUACUCAGAAUAUGAAUAAUAUGCAAGUUGAAUAUUAAAGGAAAGUCAAGGAUAUUGAAUUUAUAGGCUAUGGAGAAUCAUAAGAUCAAUGUUUUAUCUUCCGAUGUAAAUGUUAAUUAUCAUAAAUUCCUAAAGAAGGAUAAAAUCCAUAGAUAAUUUAAAACAAUCAUGAGAUAUUAAUAAAGUUCUAAAUUUGA